AGCACACACACAAGGCAAGCAAGCACCAUCGAGCUAGCUCCAAGCCUCCAUACGACCCAAGAAAUCUCUUUCACUAGGAAACCAAGGGGGAAAACGUCCAUCAAUGGCGGCGAGAGCGAGAGCGGUGGCUGCCAUGUCCAGCAGCAGUAGCGUCCUCCUGGCCGUGGCGGUGGCGGCGCUGCUGGUGGCGUCGGCGUCGGCGCAGUCCGGGUGCACGGCUGCGCUGGUCGGCCUGUACCCGUGCAUGAACUACAUCAGCGGCAGCGACACGGCGCCGACCAAGUCCUGCUGCUCGCAGCUCGCCUCCGUCGUGCAGUCCCAGCCGCAGUGCCUCUGCACCGCUCUCGGCGGUGACUCCUCGUCGCUCGGCGGCGUCACCAUCAACAAGACCCGCGCGCUCGAGCUGCCCGACGCCUGCAACGUGCAGACCCCGCCGGCGAGCAAGUGCAACGGUGCUGGUGCCGCCAGUGCCAACACGCCGACCACCCCGGCAGGGCAGACACCGGCCGGCUUGGGAUCGAAGACGACGCCAUCGACGUACCUGCAGGGGAGCGGCGGCUCGUCGCUCCAUGGCCCGGCGGGACUGGUGUUCGCGCUCGCGGUCGCCGCGGUCUACACCAUGUCGACCAUGUGAGCGUCUCGGCUACUGGACUGAACCGCUAGCUGCUCGGUGAUUCAGAAAUAUGUUUGUUGUGUGGUACUGUUUGGGUUUCCUAUCGAUUUAGCAUCUCGGGCAUAUUGGUGAUGAAUAUUGCAAGGUGCCGUGUUCCACAUAUGUAAUUAUUUGUUGUUUUGCUGCACU